CCAAGCAUUUUUGUGCGUUAUCUCCUGCAAGAAGACCAAGAAACAAAUUCUAAACUACCUCUUGGCCAGUGACAGACCAGAGACAUUUGGUACAAUGAAUGCCCUGCAUUUUGGUGCUAUGUUCUUUUGCUUCAUUAGUCUUCUGUGCCUGCUCGCUGCUUUGAAUUCAGACUAUUGGAUUGAGGACUCUGAUAUACAUCUUGGUCUAUGGAACGCUUGUAAAGGCAUAGAAUGUGUUAUAAUAGAUGUGGAACCGAUUCCAGCCUCUUUACAUGCCACCCGAACCUUUAUGUUUCUGGGGAUGAUCGCUGGAGCUGCCUCUCUCGUUCGGCUUUGCACCCUGAAUAAAACCUGCAGUGUUGGCAAUACCACUAUCUCCAUGGGCUGGAUCACAUAUAUUGGCAGCUUUAUGGCAGGCUUCUGCGUCAUGAUUGCCAUGUCCAUUUUCUCAGGAACAUUUGGUUCCACCAACCAAUAUGGAUGGUCUUUCGGCUUAGGCUGGGCCUCUUUUCCAUUGUACCUUCUAACUGGUUCUCUUCUUUAUAGAUUGCAUAAGAAUACAGCAACAUCAGCAUAGCAAAGAGGUUGCAAGGGAAAUCGCCAGGGCUAUUACAACCAGUGGCAAGUCCCUCAGCCCCCUGGAGGGAAAUCGCCAUGGAUUUUAUAG